GUUGCACAGUGACGUAGGAGCGAACGGAGUUCAGAUAAAUUUUCUCCCCGGUUGACCUUGCUGUGCUUCUUUUAUCCAUAAACAGCACACCGUCCAGGAAAAACAUGACAACCCCAAGUUUAUCUGCACUAUCCAGCUCCGGCUUUAGGUUAACCAAAGAGCAUUUUGCGGUAGCUGUGCCGGUCGCGGUGGUCGCAGCCGUCGGAGGCUUCCUGGUGAGCCGUUACCUGAGCAGGCGUAGCUGUAAAAAGGGCCAGGUGAACACGUCCAUCUGCAAGGACAGUCCCAAAGUGGUCCACAGCUUUGACAUGGAGGACAUCGGCACCAAGGCCGUGUACUGCCGCUGCUGGAAGUCAAAGAAGUUCCCAUACUGUGACGGGGCCCACACCAAACACAACGAGGAGACCGGGGACAACGUCGGCCCGCUCAUCAUCAAGAAGAAGGAUGCUUGAAUCCAGCUGGUCGGAGAACUCCUCCGCCCUCCCCGACCUCUCGUGCGACCUGAUCAUUUAACCGUUGCAGUGUCACUCUGACGGUCACAGCGUGGCUGCUCAAUACUAACCGUUAAUAUCGUCCACAACCCAAAACCAAAACGAGCCCAAUAUAUUUUGAUUUCACGCGUUUGCCUGUGUUCUCUUUCUAAAAUAACAUGCUUUGAAAUCAAAGGUCAUUUCCGGACAGAUAAGGAAGGGACUUUGGCAAUCAACACAGUCAGACAUGGAGGCGUAAUAGGCUGUGGCCCACUUGAUGUGGAGUUUGUUUAAAUCUGAUAGGAGUGAAUUAUUCCACCGUGCGGCCGUUGUGCCUUCAUGUCCGACGGCACCUGUGUCGCCCUUUUCCCGUUGACUCCUGUAGGUGUUGGAGCAGGUGGUUUGAAACGUGACACUGGCUUCUCUCGCCGUUUCGCUCGGUCCAGUAUUACAGGCCUUAUAUUUAAAUCAACAGCCCAGCACCUGAACACACACACACACACACACACACAAUGAAUGUUACAGGGUAUGAUUUUUGUUUGUUUGCUGCUUAGUCAAAAAAAAAAAAUAAAUGAAUGAAUAAAAGUUCGUCUUAAUUGAAGUAAUCCCAACAUUUGAAACACUAUCAUUUGUCUGUGAUCAUCUGCUAUGUGGAGAGUUUGUGGUGUUUAAUCUGUGCUCAUAAAGGAUAUAUUUGGAGAUAUAUAUAUUUGCUUCUCAGAUUUAUUUUCUACUGGCUGCAGUGUGUCUGGUUUGAUGAUUCAUUGUUCUGUAUAUUGUGAAUAAAACUUGUUGAGUGAUUAAUUGGUAA